AUGGUCUCAGGUGGUUCUCAUCAUCGGUACUCGGACGAAGUCAGGAACUUGGUCCUGGUUCAACUGGCUGCCGGCGUCAAACCGUCAGACAUCGCUGAUGCUCUGGGUGUCUCCCAACCAUUUAUCUCGCAGGUGAAAACCCGCAGUGUAAUUGAUCCAGAGAUACUGAAUCGUAACCGGCGUCCGAGGGGCCGGCCACCCAAGGUACCAGACUAUGCACUUCAAGGCGUCAAGGAAUACCUUGCAACUUACCCAGACGCCGAGCGGAAGGCUGUCCAGCACAAUCUCAAAGAACGCUUUGGUAUAGAUGUGCAUCUCACGACUAUCGGAAGACUCGUGAAGGCCUUGCAGUCAGGGAAGGACUGUCGGGCAGCUGACUCCCCGACAAUCGCGGAACAGACAUCCUCACCCGAAAAUCACAACCAGAUUGACAACACCAGCAACAGUACAGCAACCUCAGGCCCGAGCAGGAAAAGAAAGGCGAAUAACCCAGAUUAG